AUGGCAAGGUGGUGCAUUGUGCUGGUUCUUGCUCUAGUUGUAGCUCACACUACAGCUAGAAACGUGCCUACAGCGAAUGACGCUGGUUUCAAAGACCAAAAGAACUUCCUCGGUGGCGUUGGUGGCUUCUCUGGUAUUGGCAGCAAUGGGCUUCCAUUUGCGGGAGCAGGGGCUGGUGUUGGUGGUAAUCUUGGCGGCGGACUUGGUGGCGGCGCUGGGAUAGGCGGAGUCGCCGGGCUUGGUGGUGGUACUGGUGGAAUCGGUGACUUGGGCGGUGCAGGCGGCUUGGGUGGUCUAGGCGGCUUAGGAGGCGGCACCGGAGGCCUGGGUGGUCUAGGCGGCUUAGGAGGCGGCACCGGAGGCUUGGGGGGUCUUGGUGGAGUAGGCGGUGCUGGCGGCAUUGGUGGUGGUGUUGGUGGCGGAGUUGGUGGCGGUGUUGGUGGUGGAAGUGGUGUUCUUCCCUACCCUUGA